AUGCAUUUGAAGUCUGGACGGGUUGAGAUACACCUGCGGUCUGCUGGCCAGUCAAAGCGUCGGCUUUUCUCUGCUCUGUUACCAGCCUGGAGCGUUCCGCCGAACCGCACCGGCCGCGAGCUCAAGCUUACACUAGAGCCCGCAAUCGACUCAGACGUCCAGCAGACAGGCGCGGCUAACCCGCGAACUAAUACACCCCCUCAUGUUCACACUCGUGCCUCCGGAGUUACAGCAAUAAGCCAGGCAACCAGUUUAUAUCACUAA